CUAUCCAAAGCUCACAUUAUUCCUACUGUCUACAUAAGUAAAACACUAAACGACGUUAUUUUAAAAAGGUCGACUAGUUAACUAUUACGUUUUCGAUACGUAGCGGUAGUGUAUUUAGGUAUUGAUUUUGUCACAGUAAGGAUUUCGAGUAUAUUCACUUCAAUGUAAACAGUGUCUAUAUUUUGUAAUAGUAAUUUCUUUUGGUUAUUAAUGUGACACUAGUGAUCACACCCAAGACUUUUGCUUAUGACAUUUUCUUAAAACAGUGUCCAUAAUAUAGAUAGCUAGUUCCAAAUUAUAUUUAAUGUUUGGACCUGCGGAUUGUGCUAGCCAAGAACAGGUAAGGAUCCAUUCCUUCUAUGAGUUUUUCAGUAUUUGGAACAAUAUUUCUAUGUAAUAAUCACAAAAUUAGUUGUUAUAUUAUUAUAGUUUCUACAUAUUUUAACGGGUGUUAUAUUUUAUUACGUGCUAUUGUGUGGUAUGACCAAUUCAUUUGUGAGCCAGGAGAAAAAUUUGAAUUGCGAGAACUGUAUUGGUAUUAUGAUUAGGAUAUAAUGCUAGGUAAAAAUAUAUGUUGUUAUUUUUGUUUUAUCAUUUCAUGUCCCGUGCCGUCCCAUUUCGUCACAAAUACGCUUUUCUUCAUUUCACACCUAAGUUUGUCGUACUAUGCAAAAUUAUGUAUGUAUGUAUGGUGUUGAUUUUUGUUAUACUUAAUAUAUAAUAUCACAAUGAGAAGUGUUUUAUAAUAAAAAUUACUGCACAGUGCGCCUGAACCCACUUAUACAUCCAUCAAACUCAUUUCCAUGGUUGAAAAUGUCUUCAUGUUUUAUUAUAUAAUAUAAUUAGAUCCCAUGCAUAAUAUUAGUAUAGGUUGUUAAUCUUAUACAAGCAAAAUUAAAGUCCUUUAUAUUAUUGAUUCAGAAAGGUAUGUAAUUUAUAAACAAUAUACCUAUAUUUGUAUAGAAAAGUAUUUGGCUGUACGGCACAUUAUCUUGUUACGAUUCAUGUAAAAAUCAUAUCAAAUUUUAGUUGUCACUGUCAUAUAACCACAUGGUUCCUAAUUGUCAGUCUGCCUUUUAGCGUUACAAUCAGUUUCUUUUCAUUCUGUAAGUCAUUUCCAGUAAUAUAAAAGAAAAAUAGUGAAUUUCAAGUUGUAUAUCUAUUAUAAUUAUUUAAAUAUUAUCAACAAAUUAUUUUGAACACUGUAAUAUUGUUACACAAAAUAAUUUGUAGCUUAAUGUUUAUUCAAGAAAAAUAACUAUUUCUUAUGCAUAUCCGAGUUCUGUGUAUGGUCUUACGAUGAAUUGUAUGCGAAUGUACAGAUCAGUAUACCACCGGCUAUAUAACUUUCAAAUAUCAACAGCAAAUUAUGUUACACAACACCCUAUAAAAUUCCUAGAAACACAGGAAAGAUGGAGGAAAGCUGAUGGUGUUUCUAAACGAUGGCAGUUAAUAUAUAAAGCACCUAUGGAAAAGCCACUUAAUUAUUUGACUGCAUAUUUAACAUUUUCUACAACUACCAUUGCUUGUGGAGGGUUAUAUUAUGCCGCAUUUGAGUUUAAUAUGCAAGACUUGAAUAAGCCUAUUGUACUAGGAGAAGAUGUAAUUGUUGCGAAUAGUCCCAUAGAGUGCCUUGUUUAUGUUGGUGCAUUUGUUCUAUUUCAUGCAGCAAUCAAAAUUCUUCUAUCUAAAUAUAUAGUUAGAAUGUAUCAGGAUGGCGACAAUUACUUAGCCAUAUUUAGAGGACAUUUUUUUAAUUUAAUCAAGAAACAUGAAUUUCAUUUACAAGAUUUCAAAAAAUUAUCGCCUACAUUAGUAGUAUCAUGGGGCGAUGCUAGAUAUGAUAUUGGAAAUAAACAUGCAAUAAUAUUGGAAAAUUAUUUUAAAACACCAGAACACUUCAAUUAUUUGGUAAACAAAAAAGGUAUUGAUAAUCCUAAUAAUGACGAUUAACUAUAAUAUCAAUAGAGGUACAGCAGUAAUUUAUAAACUAUUUAUGUAGUAAUAAAGUA